UGGCAUCCAUUUUGGAUACUCGCAGACAGUUAGACGCCACCUCAUUUCAUGUGGCCAUCUUUAUCCAUGUUUGUACAUUUUUCUAAUUUGGGCUGAGUUGUGUUUUUUGAGUUUUUCGGACCUUCCUCUCUUGUGCUUCAUAAUUCUUUGCAUAUCCUCUUGCUCCCCUCCCAUCUCUAUAUUCUUUUCUAGGCUCUUGAUUCCCCAUCUCCAUGGCUACUGAGACUCUUCUGUCAGAUCAUCACAGCCCUGAUAAGACAAUGGAGGUGUUUGAAGAAACACAAACAGUCAAACUGGAGGAUGUUGAUCCACCAAAGGAAGUUGGAGGAAAAGAUGAGGAAGAAAAGCUUGAUGCAGAUGGGUUGGCAGGGUCAGAGACUCCUGUGAAUAAACUAGAGGAAACAACAGGGAUGCAAACUAAGCUUCCUACAGCGGUUGAAGUCGAAAAGGUUGAUGAUGCUCCUGUUGUGGAUGUUCAUGUGGAAGCUGAUUCUGAAAAGUUAGAAAAUUGUGCUCUGAACCCAGAGUCAUUGUCUGCUUCAGGAAUGGGUGAUGGAGCUGUUGAGACACAAUCAGGGGAUCCAGAGAAAUGUAUUGUGGUUGAAAAAGUUGAGAAUCCUUCUCUUGUGGAUGUUCCUGCUGAAGUUGAUCUAAAGGUGGUUGUAAAUAGUGUUUUGGACCCAGAAUCAGAUUCUGCUUCAAAACCAGGUGAGACACCAGAGGAGCAUUCUGUUGAUGUUCUGAAGGUUGAUGAUGGCCGUAUUGUGGAUAUUCCUACUGAAACUGGUUCAAAAGUGGUUGAAAAUUCUGUUCUGGAGCCAGAACCAUCAUCUGCUUCAGAACCAGGAGGUGAAAUUUUUGAACGACAACUGGAGGCCCCAAAGGGGGAUACCACUGAGGUUGAAAAGGUUGAUGUUGUCAGUGUUGCAGAUGUUCUUGCUGAAGCUGGCCCAAAAGUGGUUGAUGUUCUGAAGGUUGAUGAUGGCCGUAUUGUGGAUAUUCCUACUGAAACUGGUUCAAAAGUGGUUGAAAAUUCUGUUCUGGAGCCAGAACCAUCAUCUGCUUCAGAACCAGGAGGUGAAAUUUUUGAACGACAACUGGAGGCCCCAAAGGGGGAUACCACUGAGGUUGAAAAGGUUGAUGUUGUCAGUGUUGCAGAUGUUCUUGCUGAAGCUGGCCCAAAAGUGGUUGAAAAUUCUGUUCUGGAACCAGAAGCAUCUCCUUCAGAACCAACUGGUGUAGCUGCUGAAAGGCUAUCAGAGGAGCAUCCUACUGUAGUUGAAAAGGUUGAUGAUGCCACUAUUGUGGAUGUUCCUUGUGAGGCUAGUUUAGAAGUGGUUGAAAAUUCUGUUCUGGAACCAGAAUCAUCUCCUUCAGAACCAAUUGGUGUAGCUGCUGAAAAGCUAUCAGAGGAGCAUCCUACUGUAGUUGAAAAGGUUGAUGAUGCUGCUAUUGUGGAUGUUCCUUGUGAGGCUAGUUUAGAAGUGGUUGAAAAUUCUGUUCUGGAACCAGAAUCAUCUCCUUCAGAACCAAUUGGUUUAGCUGCUGAAAGGCUAUCAGAGGAGCAUCCUACUGUAGUUGAAAAGGUUGAUGAUGCUGCUAUUGUGGAUGUUCCUUGUAAGGCGAGUUUAGAAGUGGUUGAAAAUUCUGUUCUGGAACCAGAAUCAUCUCCUUCAGAACCAAUUGGUUUAGCUGCUGAAAGGCUAUCAGAGGAGCAUGAUACUGUAGUUGAAAAGGCUGAUGAUGCCACUAUUGUGGAUGUUCCUUGUGAGGCUAGUUUAGAAGUGGUUGAAAAUUCUGUUCUGGAACCAGAAUCAUCUCCUUCAGAACCAAUUGGUGUAGCUGCUGAAAGGCUAUCAGAGGAGCAUCCUACUGUAGUUGAAAAGGUUGAUGAUGCCACUAUUGUGGAUGUUCCUUGUGAGGCUAGUUUAGAAGUGGUUGAAAAUUCUGUUCUGGACCCGGAAUCAUCAUCUGCUUCAAAACCAGGGGAUGAAAUAGUUGAAAGACAAAGAGAGGCGCUAGAGGAGCAUCCUGUUGAGGUUGAAAAGGUUGAUAAUAUCCCCAUUGUAGAUUUUCCCGCUGAAGCUGGUGUAAAAACGAUAGAAAAUUCUUUUGUUGAUGCAGAAUCAUCAUCUCCUUCAGAACCAGGUGGUGCAACUGUUCAAAGACAACUAGAGGCUACAAACGAACACUCGACCACUGAAAUGGUUGAAACACAACAACAGGAGCAAGUUGCAGGUGAAGCAAUAGAACAACCAGAGGAGAAGCCAUCAGUUGGAACUGCUGAACCCGACUCAUCAAUUGAGGCAGUUGAUAAACUAGUGGAGCACUUGGAAGUCAUUCCUGUCAAAGAAUCAGAAUUAGAAGUAGCAAAAGUUCCAGAAGCAUUUUCAGAGGCAGAGUGUAAGAUAGCAGAAAGCCCAGGAUUAGUUACCACAGUUGAGGGAGAAACAGGAGAAAGAGCUGAAGUUAUCAAGGGGUUUGAGGGAGAAACUGAGGAGAUCAAGCCCAGCGAAAGUUUGGGGGGUGAAGUAAUGACAUCUGAGGGGACAAUGGCUGAUAAGUGUGAGGGCAAUGAAUCUCUGAAGGAGGAGACUAGUCUAGAUCAGGAGCCUGUUGCAUAUGAAAACUCAGUUCCCACCAAUGAGGAAGCUCAGGUUGAUCCAAAAGAAGAGGAAGGAUAUUCUUCCACUUUUGAUGUCAUAGAAAAGGCUGCUGCCAGAGCUACAGAUAAGGAAGGAGCUGGGGGUGAUGUGGUUGAAAGGUUGUCAAAAGAUGAAACUGUUGUGGCAGCAAUGGUUGAAGAAGAGAAGGAAGAAAAGAUCGUGAAAAUUGAAGACAGUGAAGGGACAAACACAAAAGUUGAGGAAUCUAUCCAAACUGAAACAGCCAAAACUUAUGAUAGAAACGGUUCCAAUUUUGUUGCAGAAGUUGCUGAAAUUGACAGAGAGCAGGUUUCUAGAGAUGUAGAGGAGGUUGCUGAGGUGAAAAAAUUGGAGAAUGUCGAAGAGGAUAUACCCCUUUCAGUUGAGGCUGACAAAAAGAACGUGAAAAUUGAAGACAGUGAAGGGAAAAACACAAAAGUUGAGGAAUCUAUCCAAACUGAAACAGCCAAAACUGAUGAUAGAAAUGGUUCCAAUUUUGUUGCAGAAGUUGCUGAAAUUGACAGAGAGCAGGUUUCUAGAGAUGUAGAGGUGGUUGCUGAGGUGAAAAAAUUGGAGAAUGUCGAAGAGGACAUACCCCUUUCAGUUGAGGCUGACAAAGAUAAAGAUGGAGAGGGAAAGUUGUCUGAAGUUGAUGCCAAGGAGACUGUAAAAACCAAUGCAGACAACUUAGAAAGUGCAAAAACAGAUGGCGAAAUUGCAAAAUCUAAUCCUCCAAAUUUGGAGACCUUGAAAAAUGGUGAUGACUCUAAAACAUCUGCAAAGCCCCCUAAACAAGAUGAUCCAGUUAAAAAACAUUCAAAUAACUUAAUAUCGAAAGUAAAACAGUCCAUUGUGAAGGUGAAGAAAGCUAUCACUGGGAAAUCUCCAAGCCCAAAAGCCCUCUUGCCAGAAGCCAAGGGAGAUGAAAAGGUGAAGUAAGUGUCAGGAGACAUUAAGGAAUUUUGCAUUCAAUAUGCAGAUAUUUGUCGUGUUGAUUGUUGAUGUCGCGUAUGGGGUAGAUGCUUUGAUCUCUGUCAUGGGCUUGCCUUUUGGAUCACAAUGGUUGUAUAUAGAAGGUAACACAAUGUUUUUGUUUUAUUGGAGGAUUUGGAAAACUUUCUGUCUUGUUUAUUCUAGGUGAAGUUUUUACUUGUCUUGGUGGUUUUGCUCUGGUCAGUGGUGUGUGAUUUGUUUCAAUUGAUAAAUUUGAUUAUGAAUGUAUCUUACAAUUUUACAGACAAUUUAUAUUUAAUAUUUCUUUUGUAUGCAAUUCAAUUCUGGAAAUUAAUAGUACAGUUUCCUGAUUGCAAGAUAUCGGGUUUCCUUCUA